CCCUGCGGCCCUCUGAGCCCACCAUGGCCGUCCCACCAGGCCAUGGUCCCUUCUCUGGCUUCCCAGGGCCCCAGGAGCACACGCAGGUAUUGCCUGAUGUGCGGCUGUUGCCACGGAGGCUGCCCUUGGCCUUUCGGGAUGCGACCUCAGCCCCGCUGCGCAAGCUCUCCGUGGACCUCAUUAAGACCUACAAGCACAUCAAUGAGGUAUACUAUGCGAAGAAGAAGCGGCGGGCCCAGCAGGCGCCACCUCAGGACUCGAGCACCAAGAAGGAGAAAAAGGUCCUGAACCAUGGUUAUGACGAUGACAACCACGACUACAUUGUGCGCAGUGGCGAGCGCUGGCUGGAGCGCUACGAGAUUGACUCACUCAUUGGCAAAGGCUCCUUUGGCCAGGUGGUGAAAGCCUAUGAUCAUCAGACCCAGGAGCUGGUGGCCAUCAAGAUCAUCAAGAACAAAAAGGCCUUCCUGAACCAGGCCCAGAUUGAGCUGCGGCUGCUAGAGCUGAUGAACCAGCACGACACAGAGAUGAAGUACUACAUAGUGCACCUGAAGCGGCACUUCAUGUUUCGGAACCACCUGUGCCUGGUGUUCGAGCUGCUUUCCUACAACCUGUACGACCUCCUGCGCAACACGCACUUCCGCGGAGUCUCGUUGAACCUGACGCGGAAGCUGGCGCAGCAGCUCUGCACAGCGCUGCUCUUCCUGGCCACGCCUGAGCUCAGCAUCAUUCACUGCGACCUCAAGCCCGAGAACAUCCUGCUCUGCAAUCCCAAGCGUAGCGCCAUCAAGAUCGUGGACUUCGGCAGCUCCUGCCAGCUUGGCCAGCGGGAUUACCAGGGCCCCGGGACACGGCGGCUGCAGGAGGUGCUGGGCGUGCAGACGGGCGGGCCCGGGGGCCGGCGGGCGGGGGAGCCGGGCCACAGCCCCGCCGACUACCUCCGCUUCCAGGACCUGGUGCUGCGCAUGCUGGAGUAUGAGCCCGCCGCCCGCAUCAGCCCACUGGGGGCUCUGCAGCACGGCUUCUUCCGCCGCACGGCUGAUGAGGCCACCAACACGGGCCCGGCAGGCAGCAGUGCCUCCACCUCGCCCGCACCCCUUGAUACCUGCCCCUCCUCCAGCACCGCCAGCUCCAUCUCCAGCUCUGGAGGCUCCAGCGGCUCCUCCAGUGACAACCGGACCUACCGAUACAGCAACCGAUAUUGUGGGGGCCCCGGGCCCCCCAUCACUGACUGUGAGAUGAACAGCCCCCAGGUCCCACCCUCCCAGCCGCUGCGCCCCUGGGCAGGGGGUGAUGUGCCCCACAAGACACAUCAGGCCCCUGCCUCCGCCUCGUCACUGCCAGGGGCCGGGGCCCAGUUACCCCCUCAACCCCGAUGCCUUGGCCGUCCCCCAUCACCAACCUCACCACCACCCCCGGAGCUGAUGGAUGUGAGCCUGGUGGGCGGCCCUCCAGACUGCUCCCCACCUCACCCGGCGCCUGCCCCCCAGCACCCGGCUGCCUCAGCCCUCCGGACUCGGAUGACAGGAGGUCGUCCACCCCUCCCACCCCCUGAUGACCCUGCCACUCUGGGGCCUCGCUUGGGCCUCCGUGGUGUACCCCAGAGCACGGCAGCCAGCUCAUGA